AUGACCUUGAAGCUGGAAACUCAACAACUCAAUGAGACGCUGGGCCUGAGCGAGAAGACGAGGAGGUCUCUGGAAACUUCGUUGCUCGAGAUGCAGGAGAGAUUUUCGCAAGUUCACGGCACUCUACAGAGUAACGUAAACAAGUUAGAAAAAGAACAUCAACUGUUACUCAAGUCGGUAGAAUCGACAUCACAAUUGAACAAACGCUUGCAAACAGUGGGAUUGUGUAGUCAUGCGGUUUAUACAAAAAAGAACAACGAAAUUGAAGAAUUACAAAAAAAGCUAGCUUCGAGAGAAGAAGCAACCCUAAAGCAACAUCAGCCUGUUAACUGGAACAGUGUUGUGGAAACUCAAAUGGAUAGGAAAAAUAGAUCUGAUACAAAGGUGACCGAGUUAUUACUUUUUUUUUGUCAACCACAAUUCUUAAGUUUAAACAUGCUGCUGGAACAAAUCCGCAUGGAUAUCGAAAGAAGUAAUGAAGUAGAUCAAAAAAUGGAAGCAAUGUUAACAGAAUUCGAAGAUGUUGACCGAAAAAACUUUUUGGAUUGAUAGAGGAAAGGCUGGGUAAAUUAUUUAAUAAACAUAUACAAUGGCAUAGAGACAUUGGAUUAAUAUAAAAUGUAUUGUAAUAUUUUGUUUUUGUAUAUUCAGAUCCGAAUAAAAACAAUUGGAAUCGUCAAAAAAUGCAAAAAUCUAUAAGUAUUCGCGCGAGCUGUAACAACAAGCAAAUACUAUAAUUUUUCUUCUUUGUUAUAACAGAUUUUCUGUACAUAAAUAAAUCGACUUACAUUUAUAAACAUAAAAUUUUUUGAUUCAACAUACAAAAAAAACACUUCUUCCCUGUACUCAGGUCGAACGUUGCAAAGCUAUAGACAAUGAUCAUUUUAUGACUGUUUAAAUGUCAAUAUAAAACUCGUGAAAAAGCUAUUUAUCAACAAUGACGUAAAAAAUGAUUGUGUCUGGCUUUGUUUACAACUCUCUCCAUUUGAUUUCAGUAAAUUAACGAGCUAUGGGUAAAAUAUUUCUCGAAAAAUAAAAAAAAAGACGAUGCAUUAAUUAUUGCUUGCAGUUUUUA